AUGGUCGAGGUGGUCAAGACAGCAGAAAUGAAGGACAUUAUAAGGAAAGAAACAGUCGAGCCAAGCAAAUUGGCAGUGGGGCAUGUUGCAAAAGAUUGUCGAGCCGAAAAAAGGGUGGAAGGAGAAACCAACCUAGUCUUGGAAGACGUAACAAAUGAAAGUCUUCUCUUGAUGGCUCAAGAAGACAACAUCAACAACAACACUCUGUGGUACCUUGACUCAGGGGCAAGCAACCAUAUGUACUAUCACGAGUACCUAUUCAAAGAGAUGCAAAAGAUUGAAGAUUGUCUUGUUUCAUUUGGAGAUGCGUCAAAGGUGGAGGUCAAAGGCCAAGGUACGACACAUUUCUUGCAAAAGGAUGGUGUAAUGGGGUCAAUCCAAGAUGUUUAUUAUGUACUAGACCUCAAGACCAACAUAUUGAGUAUGGGGCAACUCACAGAGAAAGGUUACUCGAUAUUCUUAAAGAACUGCCUGCUACACCUGGAGGAUAAGCAAGGGCAUUUGGAUGCUCGAGUCGAGAUAGGAAGAAAUCAGAUAUACAAACUGAACUUAAAAAGCAUACGAGAAAAGUGUUUGUGA